GUCAACAUGUCGGAGUCCGCAGUCAUUAAGCUGAUCUGCGCCAAUCAGGGAUCGAUCCCCGUGGCCGAGCUGGAGGCGAACGGCUGCUUCGACGACGUGAGGCGGAUCAUCUCCAACCGGGAGAAGUUUGUGUGCUGCCGGUCCGGCGGGGAGCACAAGGUGGUGGCCAAGACGGAGCUGCGACUCUGCAAAGCCAAAGUGUGUCAGGGCUGCAACAACCUGCAUCUGUGCAGGAAGUUCCUGCUGGGAUCCUGCCCGUUCAGCCAGGGCAGGAGGCAGUGCUACUUCUCUCAUGAGCUGAAGUCUGAUCAUAAUGUGAAGCUGCUUGAGGAGCACGGACUGGAGGAUCUGGACAGGACGGAGCUGUGCACGCUGCUGCUGCAGAACGACAACUUCCUGCUGCCGCCCAUAUGCAGCGAGUACAACAAAGGCGACGGGCUGUUCGGCGAGUGUCGGGACGGCGACGGCUGCACCAAGCUCCACAUCUGUGAGAAACACCUGCGUGGAGACUGUUCCUGCUACAAGGCGCACGACUUCCACGAGCCGCAUCCGUCCAAAACCCUGCAGGCCCGAGGCGUGCCCGCCCCACUCAUCAACACCCUCAAGUAUGUCUAUACUAACAAAGAGGCUCUGAGAGGCAACAGGGGCAACAGAGGCAACCAGCAGCAUCCAGCACGGGCUAACGCAGCUUAUGCCAACAGCGAUGAUGGACCAAACAAAAGACCGCAGAGAGGAGCCAAGAAAAGCUUGGAGGUUCACAAAGAUAAAACUGAGAUAUGCUUGUAUUUCGUCAAGGGACACUGUAAACAUGGUGAUGACUGUUUUAAAGCCCAUAACAAGCUGCCAUACAGAUGGGAGGUCAAAGAGGGACAACAGUGGACCGCUUUGUCUGACAACGAGGAGAUUGAGAAGGAGUACUGCAACCCUAAAAAAACAUCCAGUUGCGGUGUACGUUUUGACACGAUGACCUGUGGAUUGAACGCAGUACGACGUCUGUCCACCGCUUCCUCUGUCCUGCAUCCAGACUUCGUUCUCACCACCGAGUGGCUCUGGUACUGGGAGGACGAGUUUGGGAACUGGAACCAGUAUGCCUCUGCUGCCGACGGACACAGAGCAGCCAAUAUGAACAGCACAGAGCUGGAGCAGAAAUACCUGAAGGAUGACAAGGGUGUGGUGGAGUUCACCGCCGGGUCACAGAAGUACUCACUGAGCUUCAAGGAUAUGACACAAACAAAUAAACAUUACGGCACUGAGCGGGCGGUGAGAAGACGGCCUGCAUUUGUCUCCUCAGCCGAUGCAAAAACAACAAAAGUGAGAAGGCCUCAGUCAAAUUUCAGAGGCGUACCGGGACACUGGGACAAGACACAGAUUCCAGAAACAGGAUUCAGGCGAGUCUCCCUCCAAACAUCCUCAGCGGAGUAUAAGGAGAUCGAGGGUCUGUUUUGUAACACGAUGGCCGGCUUUGUCAUUCUGCAAAUUGAGAGGAUUCAGAACAAAAAACUCUGGGAGUUCUACGACUGCCAAAAGAAUUACAUGAGGAAGAACAACGACGGACGAAAUGUGCAAGAGAAAAAGCUUUUCCAUGGCACGGACUCGAAAUACGUACACGCCAUCUGCCACGACAACUUCGACUGGAGAAUCUGCGGGACUCAUGGAACAGCUUUUGGCAGAGGGAGUUACUUUGCCAGGGAUGCCAGGUACUCUCAUGGCUACACCGACCAAUCCGAUGUGAAAUCCAUGUUCAUCUCACGGGUGCUGGUCGGCCACUACACGCGAGGAUCCUCCAGCUACGUCCGACCUCCUUCCAAGGACGGCAGCGACGUGCACUUUUACGACAGCUGCGUGGAUGACGUCCACAACCCCUCCAUCUUCGUCGUGUUCGAGAAGCACCAGAUCUAUCCGGAGUAUCUGCUGCAGUACCAGGAGAGGACCACCUACUUUUUCAGCCAGUAUUAUGGUUCAGCAUCGAAACCUGCUCCUGCAACAUCAGUUCCUGCUCCUGCAACAUCAGUUCCUGCUCUUGUAACAUCAGUUCCUGCUCCUGCAACAUCAGUUCCUGCUCCUGUAACAUCAGUUCCUGCUCCUGUAACAUCAGUCCCUGCUCCUGUAACAUCAGUUCCUGCUCCUGUAACAUCAGUCCCUGCUCCUGCAACAUCAGUUCCUGCUCCUGCAACAUCAGUUCCUGCUCUUGUAACAUCAGUUCCUGCUCCUGCAACAUCAGUUCCUGCUCCUGCAACAUCAGUUCCUGCUCUGGUAACAUCAGUUUCUGCUCCUGCAACAUCAGUUCCUGCUUCGGUCACGCCAGUUCCCAUUUCUGUCCGAUCAGUUCCUCCUUCAUUCACGCCAGUCCCCGUUUCUGUUAGACCAUUUCCGGCUCCUGUCAGAUCCCUGCCCGCUUCUGUCACGCCAGUUCCCACUUCUGUCCGAUCAGUUCCUGCUUCGGUCACGCCAGUUCCCGUUUCCAUCAGAUCAGUUCCUACUCCUGCGACAUCAGUUCCCACUUCUGUCAGAUCAGUUCCUGCUCCUGCAACAUCAGUUCCUGCUCUGGUAACAUCAGUUCCUGCUCCUGCAACAUCAGUUCCUGCUUCGGUCACGCCAAUUCCCAUUUCUGUCCGAUCAGUUCCUCCUUCAUUCACGCCAGUCCCCGUUUCUGUUAGACCAGUUCCGGCUCCUGUCAGAUCCCUGCCCGCUUCUGUCACGCCAGUUCCCACUUCUGUCCGAUCAGUUCCUGCUUCGGUCACGCCAGUUCCCGUUUCUAUCAGAUCAGUUCUUACUCCUGCGACAUCAGUUCCCACUUCUGUCAGAUCAGUUCCUGCUUCUGCCAGAUCUGUUCCCAAUCCUGACGUGCAGUCUCCCACCUUUGUCAGACCAGCAACUGCUGCUUUCACCUCAAACCCAAACCCUUCAACUCGUAGCAGACCUGUCACAUUACGGAUGGCUUCCUCGCCAAGUCAGAAUCCAAAAAAACAGCCCAACUGUGUCGUUGCUUAGGCACAAAUACGAAGUUUGAUCUGCUAUCUGGUGUUGGAUCAACUGCAAGGUGUUAACUGAUUGAGUUUGAAUUACAAUGCCUUGACAUGUGGAUGAUUUAGAGGAUGAUGUGGUUGAAUGUAGCGUAGUAGUUAAAAAUCAAAAAACUGUCACAUACAUUUGACGCCAAAAAAUGAAAGCGCUUGUGGAUGUCAAUGAAAGACUAAAUAACACUGUUAUCAGCACUAUUAGCAGCAUUAUCGGCGUGAGAGUGCAUGUUCAGUCGGUUUGCUUGAUUGAAACAAAAAAAAAAAAAAAAGUUUUGGGAAAUGAUGUGUAAUUCGCUGUUAAUUUCUGGAUGUGCAGUCGCAGCCUUAAGAUAUCACCAACUUGCCUUGAUCAAGUUUUUGUGAGUCUGCUCAGGAAAUUAUGUGCAACAAUGCAUACCAUGAAGAAUACAUUACAUUCUGUUAAUACUCUAACACAUGGGUUUUCAUCUGAUAUGACCAGGGAGACCACCUGAUGAUGAAUCACUUUUACUUAUUUUAACUUUUCACUGAAACUACCAAAAAUGCAUUUUCAUUGGCAUUACCAGUAGAUGCUUGUCGGUAAGCUAUUAUCUUUUUUGGGCAUGUGGAAGCAUGAAUCACCUUCCUUUUUCCAAAUUUUAUAUAUUUGAAUGAAUCUGAUUUUCCAUAAACAAGAAAUAAUAAAUGGAAAUGUGUUAGGAAAACACAUAAUUAAAAAAAUCUCACUCAGGAUUCAAACUCAGUUAUUGAAUGCAAGGUCAGGGACCACCUACAGUACCUUAACAGACCACCAGGGGGCCAAAGACCACAAGUUGAAAACCCGUCUCAGCUCUCUGACCACCAGAGGGCAACAACACACUAAAUAUGAUCUGAGAUAAACAGAAUUUGAUUUGUGAAAUGUGAAUGAAGCUGUGAUUAAGGCGGCAAAAAAUUAUAAGUAAUUAUUAAUUCUAAGUUAACUUAAUUAUAAGAUAAUUAAUUAUAAGUA